AUGACCGAUGACGAUGCAGCCGCCCGCCGUGAUAAACCCUGGCAUUUUCCUCUGAACCGCAAGCUGCGACAUCUCCAGAGCAUCUCCGUUCGCAACCUUGUCGUCACGCCACCGUCCAAACCUCGCGGGAAAACCAUUGACGACGAAGAUGUACCCAACUCGCUGCAGUCACCCUCGAAGGUCCCGAUCGCAGACGUGAAUCAAUCCCUCCACCCUUCGCGCUCCUUCGCCGAUCUGAAGUCGUCGGCAACCACCAACCAUCGCCCCGGAAGCCAUGAGCAGGCAGCAGCCAUCGCAGUUCCAUUGCGUCAAUGGCACCGGAGAAACACCAUGCCAUGGAACGCUCCCACUCCGCGCGCGAGGCAGACCAAGUUGGAGGAGAUCACAAGCAGUCGCAUGGCUGACACCUGGUUCUCCCUGCACUGCGACGGCAUCGGGGAGCCGGUCUACGUGAGCGAGCCCGUGGAGCAUGCCACGAACCCCAGCUUCCGGUCUUUCGACCUCAAUAUGUGCGGCCCAUCGGUGUCGCGUCGGGAUCAUCUGACUGUGAAGCUCUGGGCUAAGACACGCGCAAUGGUGGACUAUGUGCUGCUGGUGGAGUUGCGAUUAUGCCUCCAGUCGCUACAGUUUCUCGGCAAGUCGCUCGACAGCUUCCAUCAACCUCUGCCUGCGAACUCCAUACUCUUCCACUUCGCGGAUGGCGUGUACACGAACCUGACAGAUCUUCCACCGGUCGUCGCUGCUGCGCCCGUGCACCACCCCAGAGCGGCAGAUGGCGCCGCGAUGUCGACCUCUUCGUACGAGGCGCUGAUGAAAUUGGCCAAUUUGGACGAGUGCAUUCAAGAUGCGCUCACAACUCGGGACCGGAUUGAGUCGCAAAUCAACUCGAUUCUCGAAAGGGAACAGUCUGGAGUGGCUGCUGCCGGUAAUGUCUCGCAGGCUCGCGACAAACUCGCACACACUAAACACUCCAUCGCUACCGAGCGCAAACACCUCCGCAACGCCGCGAAACGUAAAGAAGACCUGAUUGCCAGCAUCCGGGCGCGCAGGGAGGCUAUGGAGCGUGGGCGCGAGACUCAAGCCAAGGCUCGUAGUCAUCUUCCCGAUGCGAAGUUGAACCUGAGCUCGAGUGCCAGGCUAUUGGAACAAACCAUGGAGGACUCGAAGGGCCAGAUUCGACGCAUCGCGGAGGAUCUGCUGGCAGUCUACCCUAUCGAGCCCAUCCCCAAUAAGACGCUUGCGUUCACCAUCGCCGGCUUACAUUUACCCAAUUCGGACUUCACCGACGUCGACCGCGACCAGGUGGCAGCGGCGCUGGGAUAUACCGCGCACCUGGUCUACCUGUUAUCAUUCUAUCUCUCCGCCCCGAUCCCGUACGCGAUUACCCCGUAUCUGUCCCGGUCGUUCAUCCAGGACGCGGUGUCUGUAGCACUUUCGCAGCGGACGUUCCCGCUCCAUCCGGCCAACGUGCAAUAUCGAUUCGAAUACGGCGUCUUUCUGCUGAACAAGGACAUCGAAUUCCUGCUCAAUGUACAUGGUCUACGCGUCAUCGACAUCCGCCAUACGCUUCCUAAUCUUAAAUAUCUGCUUUAUGUGCUCACGGCUGGCACGGCAGAGAUCCCGGCGCGCAAGGCUGGGGGUAUCCGUGGGCUUCUCCCGGGCCGGUUGACCCCCAGCAUCUCGCGACGUGGAAGCGAGGACAGUGUCGCGACCCGCGAGACGGUGCUAUCUCGCAGUGCGUUGACUCCUGUCGCGAAGAUGAACGGGGGCAUUGUGGUCGAUAGAAACAAGCCGACGAUCCCUAGCUUUGCUGACACGGCCUCUCCUGUCGCCUGA